GCAGCUGGCAGGGAGCUAGGCUUGGAGGAUGGAGAUGUUCCAAGCAGCCAGGGAGGGGGCCUCGGCAUUGGCUUUUCGGUGCUGGCAGCCUCAGACACAAAUCCCGAGUACAGAGCAUUUUUGAUGCAGAACUUCAAGCGGGAGUGCAAACAUGUUUUUGAGUCUGUGGAGGCUCAGCUUGAGGGAGCAAGGAUAUGCGCUGGGUGUAUUGACAGGGAGAUUUCAGCCUGGAGUGCCGAUUGCAAUGAGGGUUGGACAGCCACUAUUGACCUUCUAGUGAGCGGCUCGCCGUGCGACCCGUAUUCCUGCCAACGCCCCAAACGGUUUGCAGAUGGAUCUGUGAAGGACCACAAGGAUUACGAAACUACUAUGACAUCUGUUGUUGCCAUGUAUCAGAAGUAUCAACCCCAUGUUGGGAUCAUGGAACAAGUCAUGGGUUUCACAAAGCCAAUGUCCACCACUUCCGCUCCGGAUGAUACGCCUUACCGCAGGCCAGCUUUAUUGCAAAAGUUUGGCAUGAGUGUUGAGCCAAUUAAGCCAGUUAGCCAAUUGAGCAUCCGCAUGUUGGCCCCAUGGUCCUUCAGGUCCUCUGUUUGCCCAGGUGCCACAUUGAAAUAUUGA